CUGUUCCUAAAAGUUCAACCUAGCCCCUGAAUGAAGUUCUGUUUCGUUUUUAUCAAUAGACUAUUUAAAAGGAUACAGCUAAGCCCCUUCAUUGCCCCUUCUACUUAAGAACCGUUAACUUGAGAUUGCAUGGAUACAACUAGAUCUAGUUACCUCUAAGUUGCUGUUGUGUGUGCUUCAAGUCCUACUUUGCCACACUAGAUAAUAGUGGUACUCACUGUGACAUGUGUCCACAUCACUUCACUAACACAAAACUCACAAUUUCUUAACCUUUCUUAAGAAGAGUAAAUCCUUACUCGGCUAAAUGAGGAGCUUGGUGAUGAAGCAUAAUCCAGGGAGACCUCACUGAAAUUAUUAAUUCAAAUUUUAGGUCGAUUAUACACUUUUAGAGUUUGGCAAUCCUGUACAUGAGAAUUUAUAGAAGGCAUAAUUUCUUACCAUUAUGUAAUGAUAACCAAAGGGUUAAAAGCAUUGAGUCCUACCUUUAUCCAAUGCGGGCAGGAUGGGGGUCAUGUCACAUAUUAGCCAAAUAAGGUGACAAGUGACAUCUGGUUUUUUUAUCUGCAUCAUAAAAAAUCAAUGGUUGUUAAGUAGAAGGGGUACUAGAGGGACGUAGCCGUACUUAGAUAGAUUGAGCGGGACAAUCCGGCCUGCCGAAGCAAAAGCUUUAAAGCCCGGCCGGCCCAAGGAGGCCCAAAAUACUUGAUGGGUCUGGGAGGAUUUUAGUCUAAUGAGCCUCCUUGUCCCAUGUGCUCGACCCAUACCCUCAGCAGAUGGCCACGACCUUAGGCUUCCGAAUUCCGUUUGGGCCACCCGUGUUGGCUUGGCUGAAUACCCCUUAGAUGACAUCAUAUGAUCAUGUAAAUGUAUACGUAUGAAUAUCCCUCUUCUUCGAAGGGGAAGGAUGCGCUCUAAUCAAACCCUAAUAUUGCAUAUCACUGCUUUAUUGUCUUGUGAGUUGUGACCAGGCUAUCCCCGGAUCCAAGAUUUGUCAUGUACCAUUUUAAAUAGUUCAAGGAUACAAACAAGCCAAAAAUAUGUUCAGGGGCCGCAUUCAACUUUUUAGAAUAGUUAAGCUUUAGCCAUUUUGGGGGCAUGGGUGUACCUUAUCCCUUUAUGAUAUUUUACUUUACUCCUAAAUUUUAAAGCACAUUUCUAUGGGUAUACUUUUCUAGUUCAAGAUUUUAUCUUCACUUCAUCCAACUCCAGCAGUUUGUGGGUAUCCAACAGAAGCUGCACGGGUUUUAAUAGCAGAAACUGAAAUGUUUGAUCGAGGAAUGUAUGCUGGUCCUGUUGGUUGGUUUGGAGGGGAAGAAAGUGAAUUUGCAGUUGGAAUCCGAUCAGCUUUAGUUGGAAAGGGUCGUGGUGCAUUGAUAUAUGCUGGUACGGGGAUUGUAAAAGGCAGCAAUUCAUCUUUAGAAUGGGAUGAACUAGAGCUGAAGACGUCACAGUUCACCAAACUGAUGAAACCCGAGGCACCUGUAUUAGCAAUUAGUGGAGACAGUCGGAAGAUGGACCGAGGGGGUUGGUGAUUAUCAGUUAGACAUUCAUUUGGUUUUCUCAUAAUUUAUGGUAUAUGAAAAAGAAAAUGAGAAAAAUGUGGCUAUUGGAGUUAUUAGGUGUAUGGAAUAUCAUAAAAGUAAUGAACAUAUUAAUUGUUAGUAAUGCGGUGAUUUCCUCGGGGUUAGGCCGGGAGAGCUUGUAAGACCAUAGCGGAGAGGGGAGAGGCUAGGGAUCGACUUUUACAACGAAUAUAGUGGAAGACUCAGUUUGAACCUGUUAAUGUGGAGGACAAUGGCCUUUUGUCAAUACUGUGGUUUUAGGGUAUAACAAGUUUCAACUUUGUAAAGCAAAUUAAGCUUAGGACGACACCGCAGUAGUAAAAGUUUGUCAAAUUUAACUACAAUAAGUAAAAAUAGAUAAAUAUAUAUAUAUUUAGAGAGGGGAUGUAGUAGGGGAAAGGUUCGCGGGCGAAGUAAAGUAUAAACCAAACAUGAACGUUGGAACACAUGCAUAGGAAAGCUGGAGAAUAGUGUUGGAGGCUCAGAAUAUUUAUUUCCAUAUACACGACACAGCUUUUGAUGAGAGAUCCAACGACGACGACAGGUUUAGACGACGGUUUGCCAAGAUCAGAAAACGUUAUAUACGAAGAGGUCGUGCCUCUUUUCGAAUGGAAUCCAGAUUCAACAAGUCAUUAUUGGCUUCUUCUUCAUGUUCCAGGUUUAAUUAUUUACAUAUAAUAUAGAGUAAAUUCCAUAAAAGGUCCCCAGUUAU